CUUGUUCUUCUAGCAGCAAUACGGUACAGCCGUCCGUAAGCUAAGACUGAUCGUAGCAGACGCGUUAACUCCGGAGCGCUGCAAAUUCCACAGGCGUUUCCCGGAACGGUGUUUCCUGUGUGUUCUCGUAGCCGUCCCGCACACUCUGUGUGUGUCCUUUGUAUUGCUGUGUUGUGCCUUACCGAGUCCGUGUUUAAGCAUUGGAGGUUUAUUGUAGGCUAGGAGUGCAAGCAAGCUGGAGUGUGAUCACGUCCGUGCACCGAUCAACUCGCAGAACGACGGGAACGAAACUUAGCUUGUGUGUGAAGCUGUAAUACGCCCCCGUCAUCGUCAUCGAUCAGCAUUAAGAAGGGCGUCCAACAAUCAAUCCUCGAUUUGCUUCGGAUAGUGGAUCUGCAGCUGGUGGUGGCCUAUAUUCGCGAAAGGUUCAGUUCGCAACCGAUUGCAGGCCUGUUUGCGUGUAGCAUAAUGUAUGCUACACACUGAGAACAAUCUUGUGAUUCAUGUCUGUAUGUGCAUCGCAUCGCGGUAAGAAGGUCGGCAGUGUGGCCCGUGUGUAAGUGUAUACGUGCACACGCUUCUAGCGACGCGUUGAAUUUUUUGUUUUACUGUGGCGCGAGUGUGUGUGUAAGUGUAGUGUUGCAUCCGUUCCCAAGGUGUAACACCAUGGAGCAUAAAGUUUUUUGUUCUGUUAGUGUGAAUUAACCGUCAAGAAUGUUAUAAGAAAAUGGGCGUAACGUCAUCCUAGGUAGCAUAUAUCCUCCUAUACCUACAUUGGCAUUACAGAGACAGACACGAUCGAAGUAGUCGUUAAGCAACGGAGGCGCGCCCGUAGUGCAUGGUUACCUAGGGAUUUUUUUCUGGGUACACGACGACGGUGGCUGCGUAGAGUGAUGCUGCUGGUGCGCUCCUUUCGAAUUUAGAGGAAUGACCAUCGAGCACCGUCGUACGGCAGGUGGAUGACGGCGCGUUGUGUUGUGUGUAAUCCAAAUGAUGGUGCCAACGACGCUCACGGUAAAGAACGGCACCACAGAUCGCCGCACCAUACCUGGCAUGGCAUCGAAUCCCACCACCAGCCUUUUACCCUGGUGGAGCCGAACCAACAGCAACCAGCGACCAGUUAGAAUCGUAGAGAACAACGCUAAGCAGCGAGAACAGCCGCUGUCCAGCAGCAGCACCAAUCCGUCCUUUCCACUAUACCGGACCAGCGCCACGGGAAGGAUCAGCGGUCCGGCGAUGAACGAGAACGGCGACGAUAGGCUGGAGGAAACGCAUCGAUCACGGAGACGGCGACGGGGCCGUCGACGACAACCGUUAUGGAGCAACGGUCGAUCGACAACGGUGACGACGAUGCUGAUGCACUUGCUGAUGCUGUUCUGGUUUCUGGCCGAUCCACCGACCGGCGGGACUGUGACCGGUUUCAGCGUACUGCCAGCUCAAUUAUUCGUUUCAGACACCCAACUGCAAGCACCGCGAUUUACCACUCAGCCAUCCUCAUCUGGCUCGAUCGUAAGCGAAGGUCGGACGAAGAUUCUUCAAUGUCAUGCGUUAGGUUACCCGCAGCCCACCUAUCGCUGGAUCAAGGAUGGCAUCCCAGUCGGCAACUUUAGCAACAGCCAGUAUCUUAAAAUAUUGAACAUUACGCGGGACGAUGCUGGAUCGUACCAGUGCGAGGCAGCGAACAAGGCCGGGACGAUUUUUAGCGAGAAAAUCGAUGUUGUCGUUGCGUAUAUGGGUAUGUUUGUCGAUUUGUCGGAAAAGAUCGUAUCGGUAAUGUCCGGUUACCCGGCAAUACUGAACCUAUCGUACAUCGAGUCGGUCCCAGCACCCUCGGUAACGUGGCAAACGGACGAAGGACCGCUCGAGUACAACAUCAAGUACGCGCAAACGUCGAGCAAUCAACUAAUCAUUCUAAGCGCGGACGAGGGCGAUAUACGCGCGUACCGUGCCCGUGCCUUCAACACCCAGAUCGGGCGCGAGGAAAGCACCGGGUUCGUGCGGUUAAACGUUACCGGCAAUCCGUACACCGAGAUUGCACCGGAAAUAAUUGUACAUCCGCAGAGCAUGAAGGUGGUGCGUGGUGCGCAAACCGUCGAGCUGGAAUGCAUUGCCAACGCGCGCCCGCUGCACGAGCUGGAAACGAUCUGGCUGAAGGAUGGGAUUGCGAUCGAAAACACGGGCAUCCACUACACGCAGACGGAUCCGUGGAAUCGUACGAUCACGCUGCUGCACGUCAACCUAACCCACACGGGCGAGUACACGUGUCAGGUGCGGAUGCGCACCGGCGGCCACCCGACCGUUUCGUCGAUGGCGGAGGUAAUUGUACAGGAGCCGCCCACGUUCGUGACACCGCUGCGGACGGAAACGCUCGGCGAGUACGGUUCACGCACCGUGCUGGCGUGCGAUGUGAUCGGUGAGCCGCUGCCGAAAAUAACCUGGUACAAGAAUGCGCAACCGAUCGAGCAGGCAGCGGGCCGGUACACGGUGCAGGACGACAAUUCGCUCGAGAUCUACCGGCUCGGCAUGGAUGAUACGGCCAUGUUUCAGUGUCUUGCCUCGAACGAGGCGGGCGAAAAGUCAGCCUACACUUGGCUGAAGGUUAAAACUUAUACACCUAUCAUGGAGCUAGCGCCCUCGAAUCAGACGGUGCUUGAUGGGAAGGACGCCACAAUGAACUGUCGCGCGAUCGGAGCACCCACACCCACCAUCCAUUGGAUCUAUAAUGAUACGUACCCCAUCGAAGCGUCGGCCAGAAUGCAGAUUCUAGAUUCGGGCGAUUUGCUGCUGUCAAACGUUCGCGAAGCGGACAGUGGGCUCUACUCGUGCAUACGCGAGAACGAAGCAGGUCGUAUCACUGGAUCCGGAUAUUUAACUGUGCUGGUUCGUACCCAAAUUGUUCGCCCACCGGCAGAUACAACCGUACUGCUGGGCCACUCGGCCGCACUGGAGUGUGGUGUGUCAAGCGAUCCGACCGUACCGUACAACAUCGAUUGGUAUCGCGAGCCGAACCGAUUGCCGAUCAAGAACAGCCAGCGCAUCGGUGUGAAGGGUGACGGUACGCUCGAAAUUACGGAAGUGCGCCCAUCGGACGUCGGUCAGUAUUCGUGCAUCGUCACGUCGCCCGGUGGCAAUGAAACGCGGUCGGCGCGGCUAAGCGUCAUCGAACUGCCGUUCGCACCCUCGAACGUGAAAGCCGUACGGCUGAGCGCGUCACAAAACCGUGCCAUCAACGUGUCCUGGACGCCCGGCUUCGAUGGGAACAGUAAAAUCAUCAAGUUCAUCGUGCAGCGGCGCGAGGUGCCGGAGCUGGGCCCGCUGCCCGAUCCGCUGCUAAACUGGGUAACGGAGGCGGCCAAUGUGUCCGCCCAGGCGAAAUGGAUACUGUUGACGAAUUUGAAGGCGGCCACCGCGUACCAGUUCCGCAUCAGUGCGGUCAAUCGCGUCGGCGAGGGCUCACCGUCCGAACCGAGCGAGGUCGUGAAGCUGCCGCAAGAAGCCCCGUCAGGUCCACCGGUCGGAUUCGUUGGUUCGGCACGUUCGUCCACCGAAAUCAUCAUCCAAUGGCAGCCACCGCUCGAGGAGCACCGGAACGGUCAGAUCCAUGGCUACAUUAUACGCUACCGACUGUUCGGCUACCGGGGCAGCCCGUGGAACUAUCGCAACAUUACCAACGAGGCGCAACGGAACUAUCUCAUCCAGGAGCUGAUCACGUGGAAGGACUACAUCAUCCAGAUUGCCGCCUACAACAAUAUGGGUGUGGGUGUGUACACUGACGGGGCAAAGAUUAAAACCAAGGAAGGUGUACCGGAAGCGCCACCGACGAACGUACGCGUGGAACCACUCAACUCGACCGCGAUACGCGUCUGGUGGACACCGCCCAACCCGCAGCAGAUAAACGGUAUAAAUCAGGGCUACAAAUUGCAAGCGUGGCGGUUCGAAAAGCCACCACUACAAUCACCGGCGACGGCCGGAUCGUCCUCCGGCACGGGCGGACUGAUAGCGGUCGGGGCCGGCGAUGAGGCAAGCGAGCUGAUCGAGACGGAAAUGAAGAUGCUGACGGUGCCACCGAACCUGCUCGAUCCGCUGGCAGAGCAGAGCGAAGUGCUGGCCGGGCUGGAGAAGUACACGGCGUACAACAUUACCGUGCUGUGCUUUACCGAUCCCGGCGACGGUGAGCGCAGUGUGCCCGUGCCGGUGCAAACGCUCGAGGACGUACCGGACGAGGUGAGCGGUUUGCAGUUUAGCGGCAUAUCCGACCGAGAGGUUAGCGUUGCGUGGGAUCCACCGCGCCGCACGAACGGCAUCCUUACCGGGUAUCAGGUGCGGUACUACGUGAAGGAUCACCCGGAAGCGGUACGGUCGGUCAAUCUAACCGCGGAUCAAACGCGGCUCAAGGUGACGCAUCUUACCGCAACGACACACUACACGUUCGAGGUAAACGGGUGGACGGUUGUGGGGGCUGGCCCACCAAAGGUGGCCACCAUCCAGUCCGGGAUCGAGCCGGUACUGCCCCAUCCACCGUACCAGCUAGCCCUGUCGAACAUUGAAGCGUUCUCGGUGGUGAUACAGUUUACGCCCGGCUUUGACGGCAACUCGUCCAUCACCAGCUGGAUCGUUGAGGCGCAAACCGCGCGCAAUCUUACCUGGUUCGUGGUGCACGAGCUGCACGAUCCGGACGCAUCCACGGUGACCGUGCUCGGCCUGAUGCCGUUCACCACGUACCGGUUGCGCAUCACCGCGUGUAACGUCGUCGGCCGCUCGGAACCGUCCGAACCGACGAAAGACUUUCAAACGAUUCAAGCCCGCCCGAAACAUCCACCGUUCAACGUGACGGUACGGGCGAUGAGUGCGACCGAGCUGCGCGUCCGCUGGAUACCGUUGCAGCAAACGGAAUGGUUCGGUAAUCCGCGCGGGUACAACAUUACCUACCGCAUCACGCACGACAAUGCCGGAACGAGCGGCAGUGGGGAUGGUAAUGGUGACGGUGUGGCAGCAAUAGAUGGGCACGGCAUACAGCCGCCGUCCGGUGGUUCGGAUGGUGUCGGCACCUGGGGUCGUCGGAGCGUGCUGAUCGAAGAUCCGACAGCAAACUCGCACGUGCUGGAUGGGCUGGAAGAGUGGUCCGUGUACGAGAUAGCGAUGACGGCCGUGAACGAGGUGGGCGAAUCGAGCGACAGUCCGCACGCGUUUGAACGUACGCGCGAAGCCGUCCCCUCGAUGGGACCGGCCGUGGUCGAUGCGAACGCAACCUCCUCGACCACGAUCGUCGUGCGGUGGACGGAAGUGCCGAAGGUGCACCGUAACGGGCAGGUCGAGGGUUACCGGGUGUACUACGGUUCGGUAGCGGGGCGUACGCCCGUACUGCACAAAACGAUCGCCAACAACUACACCUUCACCACCACGCUUACCGAGCUGAAGAAGUACGUGCAGUACGACAUACAGGUGCUGGCGUACACGCGGCUCGGGGACGGUGCGCUGAGCACGCCCCCGGUACGCAUACAAACGUUCGAAGACACGCCGGGUGCGCCGUCCAACGUGUCCUUCCCGGACGUGUCGUUCAGCAUGGCGCGCAUCAUCUGGGACGUGCCGGAAGAGCCGAACGGUGAAAUUUUAGCCUACCGCGUAACGUACCUGCUGAACGGUUCGCAGAACCUCAACUUCACCCAAGAGUUCCCACCAUCCGAUCGAACGUUCCGUGCCACGCAGCUGCUCGCCGAACGGUACUACCUGUUCAGCGUGACCGCCCAAACUCGGCUUGGCUGGGGCAAGACAGCGGCCGCCCUCGUUUACACCACCAACAAUCGGCAGAUUCCGCAGGCACCAUCGGCACCGCAAAUUUCCCGCUCGCAGGUACAGUCGGAGCAGAUCACGUUUAGCUGGACCCCCGGUCGGGAUGGGUUUGCCCCGCUUCGCUACUAUUCGGUGCAGUUCCGGGAGAGCGAAGGUUCGUCCUGGACACUGAUCCCGAAGCGUGUCGAUCCGGCCGUUACGUCCUACACGGCGACCGGCCUGAAACCGCACACAUACUACCAGUUUCGCAUCCAAGCGACCAAUGAUCUGGGCCCGUCCAGUUACAGCAAGGAAAGCGCCCAGAUUCGAACGCUUCCGGCCGCUCCGUCUGAAGCGAUCACCGGACUGAAGGUGGUCCCGAUUACCACCACGAGUGUGCGUGUGCAGUGGAACGCACUGCGUGCGAGCGCCUGGAACGGGGACGCUGAAACCGGUGGCUAUCGCAUACUCUACCAACCACUGUCCGACUUUCCCUCCACCCUGCAGAGCACACCGAAGAUGGAUGUGCUGGGCGUGCAGGAGGUGUCGGCAGUCCUCGCCGACCUUGCCCAGGAUCGGAACUACGAAAUCAUACUCCAACCGUUCAACUCGCAAGGUUCCGGACCACCGUCACCGCCGGUUGCGGUGUACGUGGGCGAGGCGGUACCGAUCGGCGAGCCGCUCAACAUCGAGGGUGAAGCCAUCUCGUCCACCGAGGUCCAUCUGCGCUGGCACCCACCGCAGCAAAACACACAGAACGGCGAGCUGCUGGGGUACAAGAUCUUUUACCUGGUGACCGAUUCACCCGCCCAAGAUUUCGAUCCCGAACCACCGCCGCCAUCCGCGCUCGGCAGCGGCAUUAACGGUGGCACCGUUGCCCGGCGCAACAAAACACCGGAGGAAGAGAUUGAGGUCGUGCCGGCCUCGUACACAACGCACAAUCUGGUCUUUCUCGACAAGUACACCGAGUAUCGGAUACAGAUACUGGCCUUCAAUCCGGCUGGCGAUGGGCCACGGUCCGCCCCGAUCACGGUCAAAACGCUCCCGGGCCAUCCGGGGCCGCCCACGAACCUGCUCUUCACCGACAUCACCAUGAACAGCCUGAUGGUAAGCUGGGAUGUGCCGCGUAAACCGAACGGCCUCAUACUGGGCUACAUCGUCGCGUACGAAACGACCGAAGAUAAUGAAAAGUUUAGCAAACAGGUUAAACAGAAGGUAACCGGCACUAGCCUGAUCGUGCAGAACCUGGAGGAAGAAGUGACGUACACCUUUACGGUACGGGCGCAAACCAUCGACUACGGGCCGACGGUGACUGGCAACGUAACGACCGGGCCGCAGGACGGUUCGCCCGGUUCACCGCGCGAGCUAAUGAUCACCAAGUCGCAGGCCAGCGUACAGAUGCACUGGAUCAACGGGCAGUCGGGCAAAGGUCCGAUCCUGGGCUAUUACAUCGAAACGAAGAAGCGAGACGAUCUGCGCUGGGAAACGGUAGCGCGCACAACGAACGGUCCGAUACAGGAGUUUACCGUCAGCUUUCAAAAUCUGCUACCGUCGACGGCGUACAAGUUUCGCGUCAUUUCGUACAACCGGUACGGCAUCAGCUGUCCGGUGUACUCCGACGAUGCGGUGCUAACGCCGUCGAAGCUGUAUCUCGAGUACGGCUACCUGCAGCUGAAACCGUUCUACCGGCAGACGUGGUUUAUGGUGGCACUGGCGGCGACCUCGAUCGUGAUCGUUAUCAUGGUUAUUGCGGUGCUGUGUGUGAAGAGCAAAAGUUACAAGUACAAACAGGAAGUUCAGAAAACGCUGGAAGAAUCCAUCGCAAUGUCCAUCGACGAACGGCAGGAGCUAGCGCUGGAGCUUUACCGCACCCGGCACGGUGCAUCGGCCAACGGUGGCAUGAACGGCGUAAGCAGUGGCACCGGCACAAUGAUCCACAGCACACUUGGCCGCCGCACCGGUACCAUACUCGGCCGGAAGGGUGGCGGUGGGCCUGGUUCGAGCGCGGCGGCAGCGGCUGCGGCCGCCUCCCUGGGCAAAUCACCGCCCCGUCCAUCGCCCGCCUCGGUCGCGUAUCACAGCGACGAGGAAAGCUUAAAGUGUUACGAUGAAAACCCGGACGACAGCAGCGUCACGGAGAAACCGUCCGAGGUGAGCUCCAGUGAUUCACAGGCGUCGGAAAGUGAAAACGAAAGUGUCCGGUCGGAUCCACACUCGUUCGUCAACCAUUACGUGAACAACGAUCUGCUGCGCCAGUCGUGGAAGCGGCAGAAACCGGUACGGAACUACUCGAGCUACACCGACUCGGACCCGGAAGGGUCGGCGGUGAUGAGCCUGAACGGUGGGCAAAUCAUCAUGAACAAUAUGGCACGGUCGCGGGCACCACUGCCCGGCUUCAGUUCCUUUGUGUGAAGGAGUUAGACGCACACACACACACACACUGUGCCUUUUUCCCGAUUGUUCUCAGCAGUAGUAGUAGCAAGAAUCGAGAGGACCAACAAGACUAGCAAUGCAAGAAGAAAACUGCCAAUACCACCACCCGCUCACAACAUAUCAGUCGCGCGACACGUAUUUCUUCUGCCAGCGCGAAGAGGAAAUAGUGAUAGCGGGGGGGGGGAGUGUUCGGACACGGAGCUUUUUAGGUUCAUUUUAACUACAUUACUACACGCGUAUGGAUUUAGCUACGGAUAGAGACGAACAGGUUUUACCCCGAUAGAGCGUCAGCAUAUUAAGGGGCAAAAUUAGGCCACCACAACAACCAAACAACCAAACACGAGAUAACGAGUUGUGCGGGCGGAUGUGUAUGAAAAUUGUAGCAUUUAAACUAGGUACGGUUUUAAGCGAACUUCCUUUAGCGAUUUAAGACGACUGCUCGCCGCAACGCUGUCGCGGAAUAGAAUUUUUAUGGUAAAUCCUUUUUUUUUGUUUUAAAUAUGGACUAUUAGAGACUUGAUUUUAAGCGAUAGAGCGAAACACAGGACUCUUAUUUGCCCCCCUAUACCUUAAUCGUACGAUUGGCGCGCGCGCGCGCGUAUAAAAGGCAAAAGCUACUUACAUUUACUCACGAAAAUGAAUUAUGUGAUAAUCGAAUUGUUUAAGGGAAGUAGUAGUGGUAGUAGUGAAAACAAGAUACUGAAAUUCAACGUGUGUCGUUCGUGGCGCUUUUUUUAGAGUAUUCCGUAUUCCGUCCCGUCACACACAUACCACACCCCCCCAUGUGUGCUGCACCCUAGAGUGCAGUAUAUGGAGGGGGAAAAGCGGAAGGCAGGGGCAGCAGCAGCAUUACUCAGCAUCAGAAGAGAUGUCUAUGCUUUUUUUUUACAUUAUACUUUGUCUAAUUUUUUUUUUUUACUCUGUCUACAUUUUACGUGAAUAUUUUCAACCUAAGAAAACAGCCAUUUUCGUAAAUAAAAUAUACAAAUGUGUGUAUUCUCUCUGCUGGGCGCGGUUCGAGCCGCGUAUCGGAAUGUAA